AUGACAAAGGAGAAUGAUAGCCCUAUAGAUGAUUUUAAAAAUUUGGAGCAACCUGCAAAGGACAUUAAUCAAUCUCCCAUCGAAAUAGAUAAAACACUUAACCUUAUAACUCCAGGAAGAAAUAUGGCUCGUUUUACAUCUUUACUUGGCAACAGGAAGAAUUCCGUAUUAAGAAAUUCCAAUACUAAUGAUAACAGCAAUAACAUACCUUCACAGACAUUGAAUUAUAGAUCAUUAAAGCCAUUUUUAUCUAAAAGUACAAAUAGCCCACUGAUAAUAUCGAAACAUUCACGUUCGAUAAAACAUCCAUAUAAUUCAAAACACAUUGUAGAUAAAAGACAUGAUUUAAAUCAAUCUAAUGAUAAUAGCAUUAAAGAAACUAAGCAUACUCUAUCAUGGUUGAACAAUUUUGUAAACAAAUGUAAAGAUACUCUUAAUACAUCCAAAAAAAAUGACACUUAUUGGAAUCAAUAUUUUAAUAAAAAGAAGCAUCAAAUUAAAAGAUUAGAAGCAGAUCAAAUGAAAAAAUUUAAUUUUGAAAAAAAAAUGGUUGAUAAUUUAUUAAAUGAAAAAGAUGAACCUAUACUUGAUAUGCAAGAAGAGUCUGAAGAAGAUUCGUUGCAAGAACUAGAAGUCAGUCAUAUUAAUGAAAAUAGAGAAAAUGUGUCUUCAAUGACACAUGCAGAUAUCUUUAAUCGAAAAAAUUUGGAUGGGUCUUUAGAAGAUAUAAAGAAUUCUUUAGAGACACAUAUUGUUGAAGGAUCAACAGAUGAAUCUAUCGAGGCGAACCAAAAUUUUUUUAGUAAUAAUAAAGAAAUUGAUGUUGAAGAACAAUCACAAGAGAGCCAUCAAGAAGAUCAUGAAUAUGCACAAAAAAGUAAUGAAAAGGGUCAAUACACUACUGAACAACAAUACUGUGAUGAAAUUGAUGAAAGUAGCUCAGAGUCUUAUCUAGAGCUUAAUAGAGAUGUUCUUUAUCAAAAAUUACAGCAAUCAGAAAUUGAAGAAUCAAUGGAGGAAGAUGAUCUAGAAGAAGAUGAAAUUUUCCAAGAAGAUAUGGAAGAUAUGGACCAAGAAGAACCUCUACAAAAUAAUAAUGAACAACAACAGCAGACGGGUUCUGCUCCAGUACUUUACAAUAAUGGAAAUAUUUUACAAGUUGAAAAAGAAGAAAAUUCAUAUGAGCAAGAUGAAAACUCGUACGAUCAAGAGGAGAAUUCUGAUGAAGAAGAAGAUAAUCUAUAUAAACAAGAACAUUCAUAUCAACUAGAAACACAACCUUUGCAAUCACAAAACGAUGAUUGCAUAAUAAUAUUAUCAGAUGAAGAUUCUAAUGAUGAACAACAACAACAAAUAGAACAUCACGCACCUCAACAAGUAACUUAUUCUUCGGAUUAUAAUGAAGAGCAAGAAGAAGAUGAUAAUGAUAAUGAAUUGUGUAUGAGCGAAGAAUAUGAGCAUCAUAAUUACACAAAUAUACCUAGAGAUUCAGAAGAAUAUUAUGAAAAGCAAGAGGAUAUGAAAUAUCAGGAUGAGAACGAUAAUAAUAUUAAUAGUCAAGAAAAUAAAGAUAUGUUAGAAAUGAGAAGUUAUAUCAAAUCUAAUUCAUUGCCAUUUGAUAACAAUAACGAUAAUUCUAAUGUAAAUAAUAUUCAUAAUAUUGAAAAUGUUACGGAUAGCUUAGCUUAUGAAUCACAUGCAAAUUAUAAUGAUAAUAAAGCAUAUUCACCUCAUAAAUUAAUGGCUUCGACAAAUACUGGAUCAGUUGCUUCAUUUGAUAUUUCACAUCACAAUAAUGAAGAAAAUGAAACUGAUUAUUCAAUUAUUGCCACAAAAUCUGUGGAUAAUGUAGGACUCAUUGAAGCUUCAACUUCAAAAAUUACUACUACAACAGCUGAUAUUACAGCAUCCAAUACGAAUGAUUUUGAUGAUUUUGAUACUGCAAAUAAUUUCAGUGAAACUAGUGGUCAUGGAGAUGAAGGAACUGAUAUUGAACAUGAAAUUAGUGAGGGCCGUUUUGAUAGCGAUUUUUCUAAUGAAAAUAUGAACUUGCCAAAUAAUUUAUUCGAUUAUCAAACAAUUGCGAUGAAUGUUGUGGAUCAACUGUCAAAUAAUGCGGCAACUGUUGAUACAAUUCAUACUUCAGAUGUUAGUUCAUCAUCAGAAAAAAAUAGUGAACAAAAUGAAAAUUUCAACAUACAUCCAAACAAUUGCACUGAUUUAAAAGAUAAUUGUACUGCUGAAAAUAACAUUAGUUUUGAAAACUGCAAGCCAGAUGUUGAAAUUGAUGUUGAACCUGAUUGUGUAGAAGAGCUUGAUGGAAAUACACAAGAGUAUUCAAUAAAUCAAACUGACAAAAAUACCUUUUCGAAUAAUGUUUCUAUGGAAUAUGGUUUCGAAAUUGAGGAAAUUGAUAUUAGCACAAAUAAAAAAUUUGAAGAUGCUAACAAUAAUGAAAGUAUCUUAAAGAACAGCAGUUUACCUUUAGAAACUGAAGAGACAUAUAAUACUUGUAACUUUCAACCUUCAACCUGUAACGAUAAAAUUGUAGAUAUAAGUUCUUCUAAUACUUCAACAUCAGAUAUUAAUUCUGAAGAAAUAACUUCAACUUCUUUAAAUGCUAAAAAUGAAUUUCAAAAAGAACCAGAAAAUAUCACACAUAUUUCCCAUAUUGAUGUAUCCACUAAUAAAGAUUCUGAAUCCGAUGAUGAAGGCUUUUUUAGCUUAGCUAAUUCAUCAAUAAUAUCCGAAACUUCUAAGCUACCGUCUAUUGAAAAGAAACAGCAACCAUCUUUAUUAAAAAACUUGUUUUCCUCCAAGAAAAGCUUAAAGCCAUCAUCAAAUGAUUCAAAUACUGGAAACUCUACAUUUUCGGAGACGACUAUUUAUCAUUCUUUUAAUUCUGAAUCUGAUGACCUUCAAUUAUCAAACAAAAGAAAACGUCAUAUCUUAGAUGACUUAAAUGAUGAUAAUAUUAAGCCUACUAAGUUAUCGAAAUAUCAAGUUAUCAUUUCAGAUUCUGUCUAUAAUGAAUCUUCUGAAUCUUUGGCUAUGCAUGAUAGUAAAAUUAUUGAACAAGAAAAUUCCUAUGUUUCCCCAUUUGAUCAAAACCCAUUUUCCUUUUCAACAUUUUCAAAUUCGUUGCUAAAGAAUACCUUAAAAAAAUUGGAAGAAGAGAAACCAAAACCACCAUACGUCUCUCCAUUUAUUGAAAAUCCAUUUGAAUCAAAAGAUGCUGAUCAAGAUAUCCUUAAGAUGACUUUAGCUGCAUUGAAAUCACACAACGAAGAUGUGUUCAAGGAUAGCAAUAACGUCCAAGAACCCAAUAAUGAAAGCAUAGCUAUAAGUAAUUCAAAAGCAGCACCUACUUGCAUCAAUCAAACUAAUGAACUAUCUACUACUAAAGAUACUGCUAGUCGUAAUUCACGAACAUUUGUGGAGGAGAGUUUCCCACUAGAACAUAGUAUACAGAAAUCUUCUACGGAAACUAUUCAAGUAAAGAGUUCUUUUGAACAGAAACUGGAAAGUGAACAGAGCAUUGAUCAAAUAGAUAUUUUAACAAAUGGCAACUCUCCUGAGGAGGACACUAAAUUAGGGGAAUCAUUCACUACUGCGAUUGAUCUAAGUAUUGUAGAUAACAAGGCACCCUUAUUAGAAAACAAAGAGAUCAUAUCUCCAUCAACUGAAUUAAAAGAAGAGAUAGAAAUUACAUCCUUCGAUGCAAGGCCUAUUUCCACAACCAAGACUGAUAAAAUUGGUAAAGCGUCAAAAGACUCAACUACGGAUGACGAAGAAAGCAUUACCACAGGAGCAUAUACUAGUGCACUUGAACAGACAGAUACUAAAAAUGAUAUAUCUAAUAUUAAUAUCACAAAGGUACUACCUACUGUAGAUAAAGAAAUAUCAUCAGAGGAUUUUCAAGAAGCAUUAUCAAAUCAACAGUUGCAAACUGAGAUGUAUACAGCUUCAUCCUUGGAAAAUAGUAAUACUAACAUUGAACCUAAUGAUGAAUUAGCUGCUGCUGAAUCAACACAAACUAAUAUUUAUGAGAUACCCAAUCUAGAGGAAGAAAAUAUCUCUCUUAAUACUCCGAAUCCUAUCUCGGAUAUAUUAAUCACUCAAAGAGCGUUAUCAAAUAGCAAUAUCAUUCAAAAAUCUCAAAAUGAAAUAACUGGAAAUAAUACAAUGUUAAAUAAUCAAAGUGCUUAUUUUGAGGCAAAUACUGAAUUUUCAGAUAAUAGCAAUCUAUCAAAAUCUAAGAACGAACCUCAUACAGCAAAUGACACUGCUGACUUGCUUGAAAAUUCGAAUCAACAGACUACAAAUCAGAUAAGCCCAUUAGAUAAUAGGAAACCAGAUAUUAUUGCUAUGCGUAAGAACACAUCAGGUAUUAACGAUAGUCAAGGUAUUAAUUUUUCAAAGUCAGAAGUAUUCCACACAAUAGAGGAUGUAGACCCUGAAGAUAAUUUGGUUUCUUGGACUAAUAGUGAUGAUAUAAAAGAGUUGUCUAGUAGUAAAAAAUCGAAUAUUCCUCGAAUUGAAGAUACAGAUGCUAGUUUGUCAAAAAAGUCAGAAAGUGAAUCAUCUUUUAUUAAUGACGUUCCAGUUUUGAACCUUGACUUUAAUUCACCUGACUUAAAUAAGCCUUCCAGCAGCACUUUAAAGAAGGAAGAGACCACAAAUGACUCACCUGUUAAUACUUUCGAUAUACCUUCAAGUAACACUAAUAUUAAAACUGAGAUUGAAGUUAUUGAUAUUGAAAGCUCGGAUUCUGAAGCACAGCAAGAAUCUGAUAAGGAUAUCAGAACGAGAUCUAUUAAACGUAUAACAUACGAGGCAGCAGAUAAAGCUAAGCAACUAUUAUCUGCUAUCCCUAAGUUUGUUAAGAAAAUAGAUGGCAUGGAUGAAAUAAAUGACGAGAAACAGAAUGAUAAUGAUAUUAAUAUAUCCUAUACUUCUGAGCAUGUAACAAACGGUGGUUCUAAUAUCACUAAUGCUACUGAUUCUGGUGAGAUUCAUAAAAGGUCUGCUCUUUUGAACCACGGUUCAAAUAUACAUACAGCUGACAAAGAAAUUAUCAAUCAUCAAGCUGAAGAGGGUGCUUCUAUAUAUCAUGAAGCUUCGGAUACUUUACAAGGUAAUUCUGAACAUACCAAUACUGAUGUACCUAUAGGAGAACAAAGUGAAUCGGUUUAUAAAUUUAAGAAUGAUGAAUCUUCAAGCUCUCAUGACGUCACUGUCUUCACUUCCUUUGAUAACAAAUAUUCCGGUGCAACUGUUAAUACAAAUGACAAUAACGCUGAAGGAACAUCAGAGAACAUGGUACCACAUUUAAAAAGAUCAGACUCUAACAUCACAAGUGAUAUACUAUUAAAAGAGGAAUUAACACCUAGUUUAAGGAAUAAAACAAAAUAUAAGUUAAAUGUUGAUGGUGUUGAUAAGUCAGUAUAUUUCGAUGCAGAUCGUUCCCAUCUUUCAAACGCUCAACUAGACGCAGCAUCCUCUACUAAGGAAAAUAGUAUAAUUAUUGAUGUUCCUAAUGAAAAUAUUGAUAGAACUGUAUAUCAUGACUCUAAUGAGGAAGCUGGCUUGAAUACUCGCUCUAAUGGCAAUACGCCUAUAGAAAAUAAUAAAAGUAUGAAUGAAACAAUUUACAAUGAUGCUAUGGACUUCAAUAAGUCGUCUAACAUUGAUAAUUACAAAGAGGAGCUUCACCAUGCCAAUAACGAUAACAUUCUUUCUUCUGAAACUUUCAGAGAUCCAACAGGUCCGAGCUUAAAUGAUAAAACUCCCUCUGUGUCAGCAGCAACUAAAAUGGCCCCGUUAAAUGCAAAUGAAGUUCAGCAUAUAUUAAAUGAUGUUUCCAGAUUAAGAGAACUUUCAAAUCAAGUGCAAAGUGGUGAAAUCGAUGGAAUAUUUAACAAACCUUCCUUAAAUUAUAAAAAUAGUCAAUUGGAAGAUGAGACCACAAAAUCUGAACUAAAUGAAAAUGAUGAUACCAACAUAGAAGCACCUCUAAGGAUUGUAUCGGAUACCAACUUAGAGGUUACUUUACAUGAGAUUCCUGAAAAUAGUAUAAAUGCUUCGCUAGUAAAUAAUAAUAAUAAUACGAAUAAAUAUACUAGUUCCAAAAUAGAUGAAGAUAAAGAGAUUUCUAUUGUUAAGAGAGUUACAGCAAUUGAUCAGAUUUUUGAUGAUUCUAAUAGGGUUUCAUCUGAACAGGAAGAAGGAGAUGCUAGUAUUCAUAAGUAUGAAAGUGAAAAUGACUUUAAUGGUGUUCAAUUGAUAGAAUCGACCCAUUUAGAAAAUAGCGAAAAGGAAUGUAUGAAAAAAGAAGGAGAAUAUGAAAAGAAUUUUGAUUAUAAUCAUAAUAUUAUUGGUCAAAAUAACGUUGCUCCUAUUAAUGAAAGAGAUUCGACUCUACAAGAAAUGGAUAUUCAUAUUAACGAAGGAGUAACAUUGGUUCCAGAAAAUAAUAUUCCUGUUAAAGAUGAAACUAAUAGAGAUACUUUAGUAAUAGAAAAGGACACACCCGUUAUAGAAGAAGAACUGUCGGAUAAAAAAAGAGAUAAUUCUGUUGUAGACGAUGCUAUUAUUGCUAAAGAAAGAAGAGAUUCCACUUUAGAAGAAGAUAUUCAGGUAAAAGAGAAUAUUAUACUUGUUCAGGAGGAUCUUACUAAGUCUCAGAUUGUUUCUAUUGAAAAUAAAGAAACUUCAGAUGAUCUGGCUGCACCUGCUAAUGAGCAGAGUAUCUCAUCAAUUAAAUCUACUCCAAAGAGCACACCUGUUCCUUCACCAAGAAAAUCAUCACGCAAUUCUUCAAAACUAGUUGAAAAAGAGGAUGAAGAAGAAGAAGAAUCACGCCCUAAGCGUAAUCUAAGAAGUGUAAAAAAAGCUAGACGUUCACAGAAACCUAAAAAGAAGACUGUCAAGAGAAAGAUUACAGAAGUUGAUUCUGCUAGUUCUUCUGCAGCUAGUACCCCUAAAAAGGCAAGAAAUACAACUAAGAAAUCAAAAGCUGCUACUACUGGUUCCAAAAGAUCUAUGCGUUUACGUAAGAGAAAGUAA